AUGUCUGCUCCACAAGCUAAGAUUUUAUCUCAAGCUCCAACUGAAUUGGAAUUGCAAGUUGCUCAAGCUUUCAUUGAUUUGGAAAACUCUUCUUCCGAUUUAAAGGCUGAAUUGAGACCAUUACAAAUCAAGUCUAUCAGAGAAAUCGAUGUUGCUGGUGGUAAGAAGGCUUUAACCAUCUUCGUCCCAGUUCCAAGCUUGGCUGCUUACCACAAGGUUCAAACCAAAUUGACCCGUGAAUUGGAAAAGAAAUUCCCAGAUCGUCAUGUCAUCUUCUUAGCCGAAAGAAGAAUCUUACCAAAACCAUCUAGAACCUCUAGACAAACUCAAAAGAGACCAAAGUCCAGAACUUUGACUGCUGUUCACGACAAAAUCUUGGAAGAUAUGGUCUUCCCAACUGAAAUUGUCGGUAAGAGAGUCAGAUACAUGGUUGGUGGUAACAAAGUCCAAAAAGUUUUGUUAGAUUCCAAGGAUGUCCAACAAGUCGACUACAAAUUGGAAUCUUUCCAAGCUGUUUACAACAAAUUGACUGGUAAGCAAAUUGUUUUCGAAAUUCCAAGCGAAACUCAUUAA